CCUCCUGUCUCUCUCCUUCUCUCUCUCUCUCAGGCGGCGUGGAAUCCUGGCUGUGUUUAAUUGCCGAGUGGCAAGAUCUGAGGGAAAGAUCGGGAAUCACAUGGAGCCGCUGCGUCUGUCAACGCUUUACGAGCCCCAACCCCGGGAGAGAGAGACAGAGAAGGUGUAGGAAGGAAGUGUUUGGAGUUAGGGAAAGGGUGAGCUGAGUCUGAGAAGGGAAUUUUUACGCAGUGGAGAAAAAACUGAGGUGUAGGGAGAGGUGAAAGACUUCAGGAGAAGGAGAGUUGGAGAAAAAAAAAGAGGGAGGGAGGGAAGGAAAAGAGGCCCACCACCAGAGAAAGGGCAACAAGCUGCGUUCGGCAAGAACGAGAGAGAACAUUGGGAAAACAAGAGUAAGUUAGAAAAAGCACCAGGAGGAAGGAAGGGGGAGGUGAGAGACAAAAAGUUGGAGAGGGGAAGUGCGAGAGAGGGAGAGAGAGACUGUAAAACGCAGUGAAUGAGAGGAGACGCAGAUGAGAAAAACAGACGCUGUGGAUGGCCUGGGUGGAGAGAGAACCAGUUGUUUUCUAAGUCGGAUUUCGGACUGGAAUGCACUCGGAGAACACGAGAUUUCAAACGCCUUCCUGCCACUUUUGCCUGCAGCAGGGACCCCGACACACACCGGGCCCCGUUGAUGGAUCAUGUCUGCGUAUGGAGUCCGGCAUAGCCCCGUUCCCAAAGGAGUUGGGGAUAGACGGAGGCGAGAGGACCAUUGCGUCACCGCCGUGGCAGGUUUACGCCAAGGAAAUACCGCAUCCAUGCUAUACCUGGGUGAAUGUACGAGAAGCCAGGUGGGACUCUCCGUGCGUGCGGGAGAUCCGGCGAGAGUGUGGAUGCGUCCAGCGGUGGUAUUACCCGGAGCUGCCACAUCCCUUUAACGGGGGCCAUGUUUUGAAGGUCAGAGGUCAGCGGUACUACUCGUCGGAUCAACACUACGGCCAUCAGCGGGAGUGGGACGACGUCCAAGCAUAUAACGGACACUGCACGAGGAGACGGGUGUCUUUCCGGCAUCAUGAAGUGCGACACACGGUCAACGGCCCUGAGGCCGGCAGACAAUCCAGUCCUGGAAAACCACACUGUAAUGGGGCAGACUCUGGACAGGCAGCUUUUUUCCCAACCGAGGUGCCCUCCAGCAAGUUGGGACGCUCGGGGGUGCAGGUGGACGGACCGCAGCGGGAAAUAAGGACAUCUCAGGGGGGCGUAGGUCUGGAGAGCCAUGGCAAUCAGAGGAAGAGCCAGGGAACAGUACGGGAACAGAUCAAACAAGUGGUCACUGAGCUUGAGGAAGUGCUGGGUGGUCUCAAACAGGUCCAGUUGGAGAUGAAAGAGGUCGUCCAGCAGAUUGAUAUUCUGACGUCCAACAUUGACCUUGGUGAAGAGGAACCAAGUCCAUCCAAUGGACUCUCCCAAGAUGCCACCAAAAGCAGUCAGACUGAUGUUGUGGCGUUGAUCCACAAUUCACAUGGCGAAGAGGACACGUCAACUUCCGACUCCUCUCUCGCACACAGCCCUGUCGCUGGGGAUUUAGUUCAUAUUAACAGUCCUUCGCCAAUGAGAAACCACACAAGCUCGCCCCCUCUUGAGCAGCGAUCCGUUACUGUUGAGGAUAAAGGCAAAAGAGUUGUGAAACAGAGCUCAGAGACUCAAAGGACUCAAAGGACGGUCAAUGGAUCCUGCCUACCACACCGAACGGCAAGGAAAGGGCAACUGGAAAACCACAGACCCCCUAUAGUUCCAGUAGUGAGCACUAACUCAAAUAAAACCCACCGGCCUCCACCUUACCCUCAGAACGGACAGGUGAAGAUGAGGACACCCCCUAACCCUGGAAAACAUAAGAUGCUCUCAUCCACUAUAGUGGAUUGAUGCCACACAACCCAUCUGACUCAUACCGGAGGACGGAGGACCCUGAGCUGAGGGGCAGUGACUGUAUUUCCCAUGGAAAACUCCAAAAACAUCUCAAAACCCUCUUUCUCUCACACAGCCCUGCUGAAAAAAUCAGUUAACACUAGACCAGCUUAAAGUCACCAUUAAAUGGCAUUCACAACUCAUUUUACCUUGGAUGUAUUUCUGACUGAAACAGGAAAUUCAAUGGGAGUCUUGCGAUUGGAGGGGGCGGGAUUAAAAAGUAAGAGGGAUUUGUGAUGUCAGCUGAAAAGGAAAGUCGUUUCAGAGGCGGAGUAAGUUGUUAAAUUUUGAUGAAAGAUUAUGAAAACAAAGGAGUAAUGUGCAUUAAUGAAUUUUAGACAACCAGGAUUGUGUAUUAAGAAAGUCUGUGUGUUCGAGUGCUCAUAUUUAUUUCCGUACCCAAACGGUUUGUGGGAAGUGACUGGAAUUUAUUUAUUUUGAAAGUGUUUUCUUGGCUUUCGUCCACUAAGUGUAGUUUUGUCAGGCUGUGAUAUAAACUAAAGACUAUAGAGUGCAACAGUCGGGUUAUGGAAGUAAAACUCCAUUCAUUUUCUCCAUAAGGAAAUAGAUUUUGAAUGAUAACUUAUAAAUCUUUAAAGACAGACCUUCUGUGAGCUACGAGAUUGUUAAUCCAUGAUAUUUGCUUCUGUUAAAGCCGUCAGCCCUCAUUAUUUCAGCUCAUUUUUAAAAGAAUUCCUGGUGAAAAACUACAUUACCCAUGAUGCUCUAUAGAGUGCAACAGUGCCCGCCCACUUUUACAGUGGCAUUCUUCCAGAAAUAUUUUUUGCAUUAAUUUUCCCCACAGGGAUUUAAAAAAAAAGGUCAAUCUUAAAGAGUUAUAAGCCAUGAACCAAGCCAACCAGAUACGAUGAAUCACAACACUAUAAACUUUGAUUUGAAGCAAAAAAGUUUUUGAAAAUCAGACAAAAAGACAAGACUGUGUAGGCCUACUUAACAGCUUUAGUGGGUAACGCUCUAAAAAACACAUAAAUAUAGGAAAGAACACAUGUUGGGUUAAUUUUACCCAGCAAAUUGGGUAGUUGAUUUAAUCCAGCAUAAUGGGUUGAUUCAUUUUUACUAUAAUUAUUUUUUUUUUUUUAACUUCAUACAUUAAUUAAUGUUGACAGAUUAACUUAAAUCCUCUAAACUUUUUUUUUAAAAUAUUCCACACAACCAUUGGUUUGCAUGAUAGUUCCUUUAUUUUAUAGUAUAGCAUAUUUUAUAUCAUUAUAUCAAUACAUAUUGCCUACAUUUAAGCUUGUUUAGCAAAUAUUAAAGUAAAAAUUGAAACAAAUUCAAGUGUAAUCGACCAGUCUCUGUUGUCCUGUUUCCACCGUAACGGUUCUGGAUCUCAUGCCGGAUAUGGCUCGCGUUCGGCGGGGAGCUGAUAACUUUAGACCGCCGCCUACGUUUCACUCGUAAACGAAAAAUGCUGUGACUGAGUCCAUAACCUGUCCAUAAAUAAUCCGUGUACGGUUCUGAGAACAUAUUUUAACAUCCUAAGAAUUUAUAUUCUGUACCUUUUUGAAUAAAAUCAUAAGAUUUUAUGCAUGUUUCCAUCACGUGAAAAGACCAACGCGACACUCGUUUAGGUGACUCACAUCGCGCCUGUGUUAAACGCUACAGAACAAUAGCAAAUUUGUAAAUAAAAUAAAACAUGCACAAACCUGUAUUUUACCGAAGACAUGCACCAAUUUGACGGAGCUCUUCUCUCCUGAAGAGGGCGCUAAAAUCCUGUGAUAAAUAACUAACUCAACCCCCCCGGGUUGUUAUGUCUGACCCAGGAGUUGGGUAACACAAAAACUACCCAAACAAUGAAAAAAUAACCCAAGAUUUUUUAGAGUGAAAGAACUACAAUCCCAGAAUUGCGAAUAACACAAUCAAAUUAAAAACAAUGGAGAAAUAUAAAACUACUUAAUUACAAAUGUUGAUUAUAUUUAUAAAAACAAUAUAUUUUAAAUGUAUUGCAAAUUGAGUAUUUUACAUUUAAGUAUUUUGAGAGAGUAGCAGUGCUUUUAUGUGAGUGGGUGGAGCUAAAGAGAUCUUUUGGCAUGUUGAUUAUUUCAGCUCUCUGAUUGGUGGAAUUUCUCUAGGGCAUUAUGGGUAAUGUAGUUUUUCCACCAGCAAUUCUGCUGUUAAACACAAUUUAUUUUUUAAAUUAAGCUGAAAUAAUGCAGGCUGACGACUAAUGAGGCAAAUACGGUCGAUUAACAACCUCGUAGCUCACAGAAGGUUUAUAAUUUAUUGUUCAAAAUCAAUUUUCUUAUGGAGAAAAUUAAUUGAGUUUUUACUUCCACUGUUGCACUCUAUUGGGUAUUAUAAAAAAAAAAAUGCACUAGUCUUUUAUUAUGUCCCACUCCAUCUUCCUGUUUCAAAAGGAAAUACAUCAUAUACAGGAAAGAAAACUAGUCAUAAACCAUUUCAUGGGGUCUUUAACUAGUUUAGAUGAACAAUGCAGGUGUGUUUGAAGGAAGACCAAUGUAUUUGCAUAUCCCAAAACAUGCAUUAUAAGUUUAGCUGGUCAAGGCUGAUUUUCAGCAGGGUCUCGCUCUCUAGCUACACUGUGUAAACCAUUUAAAUCAAGCUGCCCUUCAUAACUUACCUGUGACCAGAUAUCAGAGUGUUCCUCCUUAAAAUGGAGUGCAACUGAGUAAUAAGCUGCUUUUAGGUUGGAAAUUACGACUUUAUAACAGAUAUGUGCAAACUAUCGCCAGCGAUCAUGUGGAUCUGAAGACUGUGAACAGACAGUUGAAAUGCUGGAAAAGAGGAAGCAUUUUAUUUUUUAUUAUUGUUAUUAUUCAGACCAAAGAUUGACGUGAUUUUUUGUUCAGGGAGGCUGAAGGAUCUUUAAUUUUGUUAAGCUAAAGCUAAUGAACACUAACAUUGCCUUAAAGGCAGCUCGUAAAACCACUUCAGAGAGGUAUACAGCUUCUUAUACUUCUGGAUUAAAGUGGAUGGAUCCAAUCACAGUAUUGCAUCUGUGGACUGGAAUUAUUUAAUCAGUAUUUAAAGCCAGUAUAAGCCAUCUUUAUAGACUGUUGCAAUCAUGUAGUGGCAUUUUCACUCUGUGGCCAAUAGAUGGCGCGGCAGACCACAGAAAAACAAGGUAACGUCAAUGACACGUGAAUGUCUUAUAAGUGUGUACAGCUCACAUGAAAUAAAACAUUAAGUGUUUAAAAUAUA